GGCAAUGAUCUCAGAAACCCAGGUAGAUGACCAAUAGCCAUAUAAAAAUAAACAAAAGAAAAAUACUGAACAAAGGAUUGGAGCUCUCUUUAAAUUCUGAAGCACCACCCACCAUGGCAUCUCAGACCAUCACUGCCGACGCGAAGAGAGAGUUUUUGUCUUCUUGAAGCAUUUGGGAAGCUAUCAAAUAAGAUCCAUGGAUUCCAAGAAGCCCAACAAGAUCACAGAGAUAGUUAGGCUUCAGCAGAUGCUAAAGAAGUGGAAGAAGCUUGCAGUUGCACCAAAGAGCAACAGCAAGAGCAUCAAGUUCCUGAAGAGGACCCUCUCCUUCUCCGACACUUCAUAUUCGGCACUCUCCGGAGAUGUCCCCAAGGGAUAUCUCGCUGUAUGCGUUGGAGAGGAAAUGCAGAGGUUUGUGAUCCCUACCGAGUAUUUGGGUCACCGAGCCUUCGCAGUUCUGCUCAGAGAAGCAGAAGAGGAGUUCGGGUUCCAGCAGGAAGGUGUUCUGAGGAUCCCCUGCGAGGUUUCUGUGUUUGAGAGCAUACUGAAGGUGGUGGAGAAAAAUAAGGAAGGGCUUUGCUACUGUUCCUCCGAGGCUGACAUCGCUCAGGCCCAUCGCUCACCAAAGCCAAUGUGCAGAUGAAUAGAGAGACUUGGCGUGGGAUGAGCUUUCGAAAAAAAGCUAUGUUUUCAUAUAUAUUUUUUUCUUAUUUUUGUGAAAGGGUAAAUGUAUGGAUGGUCUGGGUUGCAACAUUGCGAACUUCUGUGCUAGUGCUAGGAGAGCUGCAAACUUACUCUAGGAUUCCUGAAAGUUUGACUCCUCCAUGUUUAUGUUUUGAAUCCAGUGAUUGUGUUUUCCUAUUUUCCACUCACUGAUUUUAUUGCAGGAAAUAGGAGCUGAGCAGAUAAUAUCUUUAAGGUUCAUAUCAGCUGGUUAAUCUUGAUGUGAUGUUGCGAAGAUUCUUUACAGGAAGUAGAUGCAAAUGGAAAUUAUGAUCUAGUAUGUCCCACCAGGAUCGCAUUUGUAGAAUGCGACUGAAUGUUUUUAACAAAAUAUCUCUGUUUAAGGGACUGGAACAUUCUAUGAUUCCUGAGAACGUCAGACAGGUAACUCCAUUCGACAUUGUGAAAUUGUACAUCAUAGAGAAGAGGUGAUCCAGCAGAAUAUAUCAGAACACAGUUUGUGUUGAUGAAUGGUGCUAUUAUGAAGUAAUAAAUAAUUAAAGUU